AUGACCGGCUCCGUCAAUGGCGCCUCCGUACCGACGGAGACGUCGCCGCUACUGCGUAACUCCGACUCGGAAGCGGCCAAUGGCAACGGCACCGUCGGCAACGGCAGUCAACAGAACGGCGCUACGUCCGCGACCCCGGCCGCCGACGCCGAUGACAAUCGGGACGGCGACCCGGAGAUGGCCAAGAAGAUGCACUUACUUCUUCCGGCCGUCGGUAUCGGCAUCUACCUGUGCGCCGUUGAUCAGCUGCUCACCGUGGCGACGUACGCCAAGAUCGGGAGCGAGUUGCAUGCGCUGAAUUAUACGAGCUGGCUGGCAACAUCCUACUACAUCACCCUGACCAGCUUCCAACCCCUGUACGGCAAGCUCAGCGACAUCUUUGGCCGCAAGGAGUGCCUCCUCUUCGCCUACACAAUCUUCGCCCUCGGCUCCCUAGGCUGCGGCCUGGCCCAGUCCUUUACCCAGCUCUGCGUCGCCCGCGCCGUGGCGGGCAUCGGCGGCGGCGGCAUGAACAGCGUCGUCGCCAUCCUCCUCAGCGACAUUGUGCCCCUCCGCGACCGCGGCGUCUGGCAGGGCUACCUCAACAUCAUCUUCGCCGCGGGCACUUCGACCGGCGCGCCCCUCGGCGGCCUGCUCGCCGACUCGGUCGGCUGGCGGUGGUCCUUUACGGGCCAGGUGCCGUUGUGCGUCCUCGCCUUUCUCGCCGUGUACUUUGUCCUCGACGUCCCGCGGACAGACCACGCCCACUGGCGCGAAAAGGUCGGGCGGAUCGACUUCCUCGGCGCCGCCACGCUCGUCGCCGCCGUCGUCGCGCUGCUCGUCGGCCUCGACUCGGGCUCCAACAACGGCUGGUCGAGCCGGCUGACCGUCGCCGCGCUGGCCGCGACCCCCGCCCUGUUCGCCGUCUUCGUCUAUGUCGAGAUGCGCGUCGCCUCGCACCCGUUCGCGCCGGGCCACAUCAUCUUUGACCGCUCGCUGUUUGCGUGCUACCUGGCAAACUUUUUCGGCAUCGCGGGCCACAUUGCAUCCAUCUUCUUCAUCCCCUUGUUUUUCCAGGCCGUGCAGGGCACCUCGGCGACGCUCGCGGGCGCGGCGCUCGUGCCCGCCAUGGUGACCUCCGUGACCGCGAGCGUCAGCGCCGGCGUCUACAUGAAGCGCAAGGGCCGGUACUUUACGCUGACGGUGCUGGCGUACGGCCUCAUGGUCGUGGCGGUGGCGCCGACCGUGGCGGCGCUGUACGCCCGGUCGUCGGCGGGCGUGGUGGGCGGGAUGGCGCUGCUGGCGGUGGGCGGCGGCGCGGGCAUCACGACGACGCUGGUGGCGCUGCUGGCCAACGCGGCGGCGCGGGACUCGGCCGUCGUGGUGGCGUGCUCGUACCUGUUUCGGAGCCUGGGGUCGAGCAUCGGCAUCAGCGUGUGCUCGGCGGUGCUGCAGCAGGUGCUGAGGACGCAGCUGGCGGCGCGGCUGAGCGACGGGGACGAGGCGCGGCGGGUCGAGGAACGGGUCCGGGAGAGUCUGGAUUAUAUUCGGGAGCUGCCGCCCGCCGUCGCCGGGGAGGUGAGGGCGAGUUAUCAGGUCGCGACGUUGGGGGCCAUGGUACCCAUGGCGGCGUUGCUCGUGCUUGCUUUUGGAAGUACGUUUUUUAUUAGGGAGAAGGCUUUGGGGAAGUAA